ACCAUAGUAUAAGUAAAAAUGUUAUUAUACUAUGAUAAUAUACUAAAUCUUUAGUAAGUAAUUAGGAUAAUGUAAAUGCGAUCAUGGAACAAACUCUACAUAAUAGAGAAACAUGCGACUGUGACUGCUCCUAUGUAAAUGAGUGUAACCCCAAAAGCUUCGCAUGUCGUGCGGCAAGUGGCCGUCGUUAUUUAUUGACCACCGCCGUUAUGAUUUUCUUUAUAUCCUUCCUAUAUUUCUACUUCGCCCAUAUCCAAAUCGCCCGAGGUGCUGUUGUGGCUAGUGCGCCUGAAUGUGCCGCCAUCGGAGGAAAAAUCAUGGAAGAUGGUGGUUCGGCGGUGGACGUCGCAAUUGCCGCCGCUAUCUGCAACGGCGUGGUUUUGCAGAACACUAACGGAUUAGGUGGAGGUUUGUCCAUGAUGAUACACACACACAGAGAAGGAGAUGCCCAGUUUUUGGAGGCUAGAGAAACGGCACCUAGGAAAUCGAAAAAAAACAUGCUCACUAACAGUCCCAUAGUGUCAGGUCCAUUGGUGGUAGGUGUGCCAGGGCAGUUGAGAGGUUUAGCAGCAGCUCACAAACGGUACGGCUUCUUGAAGUGGAGGACGCUCAUAAGUCCAUCGAUUUUUCUUUGUGAAGAAGGUAUUAACGUUAGUAAAUCCCUGGCAGAAGAUUUACGGAGAUAUGACUUGACAAUUAAGAAAAACGAGAUGUUGAGAACUACUUUCAUUAAUCCACGACAUGGCACCACGUACAAAGAAGGUGAAAUCCUCAAACUUCCGUUGUACGCCAAAACGUUGCGCGUGAUAGCUCAGGAAGGACCUGAAGCUUUAUAUACUGGAAGCUUGUCUAAACAAUUCGUGAAAGAUAUUAAUGGAAUUAUUGAUUUGGAGGAUUUAGCUCACUAUUCUCCCAAGUGGGAAGAACCCGUUACUGCGACCCUUUUCAACGGAGAGACUCUAUUCAGUUCACCACCUCCACAAAGCGGCAUCUUGUUGACAUUCAUCUUUAACGUACUUCGAGGGUUUAUAACCAAAAACCCCAUGUUGUCUAGGAACUGGAUCAGAAUUAUAGAGACGUUCAAAUACGCGUUUGGUUCCCGUCCGUCGCUUGGCGACAACCCUUUCCUGAUACAAAAGGUUGUAGAGAAUCUCACGUCGCACUCCUAUGCCAGAUAUAUCAGAAGACAUAUUUUGGACAACAUGACUUAUCAAAGUCCAUACCAGUACGCCUCUAGCCAGUUGGACGUGCAAGAAGAACCGUAUUCCGCUUACGUGUGUGUUGUCGUUUGGAAAGAAGACGCGGUAGUGCUCGCUAGCAACCUCCACCAUCCCUUCGGUGCUGGUUACGCGACUCCUAAUACAGGCAUUAUAUUGAACGGUGUUAUGUUAAGCUUCUCCAAAACCUGCUAUAAGAGUCCUUAUAGUCUUCCCAACUCCAGGGCGAAUUUUAUCGAACGGGGUAGACGACCUUUAACUCCUAUCACUCCGUCCAUUAUGGUAGAUUACAGGACGUCGACGAAGCUACUGAUCGGUGCUGCGGGGGGCAGGAAAGCACCCUCCAUUGUCACUCUAAUCUUGCUGAGGGCCUUGUGGUUUAACAUCAGUUUGGAGGACGCUGUGAAAGCACCCAGGAUGCACCAUCAGGUCUUUCCCAUGACUUUAAUGGUGGAAGAGAGUUUCCCAGCUUACAAUCAAGAGUUAUUGACGGAGUUACAGAAAGUUGGUCAUCAACUGGAGUUUAUUAGUUCGGAUACUUUUGGUGCGGCUUUCGUUUUGAGGAGCAACCGAGAUGGCAUUGAAGCAAUUUGCGAUCCUAGAGUUUCUUGUGGUGUUUAUUAUAGUUACAAAUAUCGCAUUUCAAGGAGGAAUAUUUACAUCACCCUCAUAAGUGCCGCUUUGGUUGCAGUUGUCCUCGGCGUAAUCCUUUAUUUUGUCUUGAGAUCGGAAGAUUUGAAAAUACGCGGUUCAGUUGUCACUAAUGGAUAUGAAUGUUCUCAAAUCGGAGGAUCAAUUUUGGAAAAGGGCGGUUCCGCAGCGGAUGCAGCAAUCGCGGCAGUUUUCUGCGAGGGCGUCGCGAUGCCCGCGGCUUGCGGCUUGGGUGGCGGUUUUCUCAUGACCAUAUACGACAAACAAAAGGGAGUGAGGGUGAUGAAUGCGAGAGAAACAGCGCCAAGACUGGCAAAUGAAACGAUGUUCAGCGACACGAAAACCGCACAGAAAGGACCUCUUUCAGUGGCUGUUCCCGGUGAAUUGCGGGGACUGAGGAAAGUUUACGAUGAGUAUGGCAAGUUGCCCUGGAAAGAAUUAAUACAACCGACCAUCGAUUUGUGUAAGAAUGGAAUUUAUGUUACUGAAUAUCUGGAGUCAAUGAUGAAAAGCAACGAGCACACACUCAGGGCUAACGAUGCUUUAAGUAAAGUUUUCAUUAAUCCGGCCACUAAUGACACUUACAAGGUGGGAGACAGGAUAAAACGGCUGCAACUGGCUAAAACUUUAGAGCUAAUCGCCGAGAAAGGGAGUGAAGUUCUUUAUACUGGUUCUUUGGCGGCAGGUUUUGUUAAGGAUAUUGGUGGUAUUAUUGAUGAACAAGAUUUGAAAGAUUACAAACCUGUUUGGGAGGAACCCAUUCAAACCACUUUAUCUGACGGAGAAAUGCUAUACACAUCCCCAAUUCCUGGUUCCGGAAUCGUGUUGACUUUCAUCAUGAAGUUGUUAAGCAACUACUUAACCAAAGAUAUACAUUCUUGGGAAAACUGGCAAAAGGUUAUUGAAAGUUUCAAGUUUGCUUACGGUAAACGUACCAAAUUGGGUGAUUCCGAAUCUAUAAACCACGUUGUAGAUCAAAUGCUAUCCGCUGAUCACGUGAUGGAAAUCAGAGACAAAAUAUCAAUCACAAAUACCAGUCAAGAUCCCACGUACUAUGGGGCUGAUACCACACUAACAGAAGACCACGGUACUGCUCAUAUAUCUGUUCUGGCGCCCAACGGCGACGCCGUGGCCGUCACCACCACCAUCAACCUUAUUUUCGGCUCGGGAAUUAUGUCACCAUCAACCGGCAUCAUACUCAACGAUCAAAUGGACGACUUCGCAUCUCCCCUAAUCAAUAGUAGUUACGGAAUACCCCCAUCGGAAGCAAAUUUAAUUAAACCUGGACGUCGGCCUUUGUCCUCCAUGUGUCCUACCGUGAUUGUGGGUAAGGACGGUGGCGUCAGAUUGAUUGCUGGAGCUGCGGGCGGUACUAAAAUCACCACCGCUGUUGCACAGGUAAUCCUGAAACAUCUGUGGUUCGGAAUGGAAUUAGAGGAGGCGAUUGACGAUCACCUUCUCCAUCAUCAAUUGUUUCCGAUGACUGUGCAAAUGGAAUACGACUACGAAAAGGAGACCAAAUUGGUGGCGAAUUUGAGGAAAGUGGGCCACGCAAUUGAAUUCCAAAAACCAAACGGGUUUUGUGCCAUUACUUCUAUCGCAAAUAAAAGUGGUACCAUAAGCGCUUCCGGUGACAAGAGAAGAUCUCAAAGUGUGUAUUAUGUUUACCAAUAAUUUUAUAGUAUAAUUUAUUAAUUUACAAAUACUGAUUUUUAAUAAACCGAUAUAAACCUA